AGAAAUUGAUGCCUAAAAAACACUUCAAGCAAUUCCAACUGAUGUUUUUGAAAACAUCCGUUUCGACAGAACAAAAAUGCGUUAACGGAUUUUUGUUCUAUGGAAACGGAUUGCAAUAAAAGCUUGACUCUUUGCUGGAAUCCUUUGUCCAAGAGAUGAAGCGAAUUCAACUCCUGUACGACAGCCUUCGGAAGGAAUUAUCGAACUCGGGUUAAGAAAUAGCACAGUUUCUUUCCAGCUCGCUCAUCCGCUUCGGGAAGUACCCGGCGACGUCUCAGGAGGUAGUCAGUGGGCUCAAUUCUGUACAUCGGUAUUGAAUACGAGCCACCAGCGGAGCCACCUCCGGCCCUCAAGUCGACCGUCGUCACAGGCUCCUCGCGCCCCACAACAUCCUGGGGCGUCUCGAAGUCUGACAUUCUCGAACGACUCUUUAACGCCACUUCUACUGGAACCGAAUAACUUUCAACUGGCAGUAGAGGAGGGGUUUAUGCUGGUCGUGCGUUGAUGAUGCUUGAGCACGAGCAUUGAUUCCGGAAGGAAUUUUGCUGUCGAGGUUUGCUUCGCUAUUUGGCUAAGAAGCAAUCACUGGAGGAACGUUACAUAUUACUUGAGUCGGCCUGCCCAAUGCACAACUCCACACUGAAGGUGGUACGAGGGGUUGGGACUCGGAGUGAUCGUUCGAACACCAUGAGAGGGACCAGCCUUCCUUCAAAGUCAAUUAGUCCAGAUCGCACAACACAUCUGGUACUCAUCACACUCAUGGCAGCAUGCUGCCUGGCGACAAUGCUAAUGGGGUCCAACCACCUCAGACGCACUGAAAGAGCGAGGGUGUCACCGGGCGUAUUUACUAGUUGGGAGUCAGAUGAAUACAUGAAGACUCACCGAAGGGAAGAUAUGCGGUCUAAACUAGAGUUGUUAUCAGAAGACUUUGCAUUGGUCGUGAUCGCCAACGCGUGCGACUAUGAUGGAGUCUGGAAGGAGCAUGCUCUGGUCUUGAAAGCAGCCGCCAGGCUAGUGUCAGCGGACACAUUUGGACCAGUAAGGGUGUUUGUACUGGGAUAUGGCAAUUCAAGUAGUCCCUACAGAUACGCGUUACAGGUCAUGGCCCAACACAUUGGGUUGCCAAGUGGAGUCGUCCAGCAUGUGGGUGUCGACGAGGACAUCAACGGCCUGCUCUGGGCUUCCGACGCCGUACUUUUUACUUCUGGAACGGAGGAGCAUGGAUUUCCACCUAUCCUCGUACGGUCCUUGACAUUCGAACGUCCUGUGAUUGUACCUGACAUCUCGCCGAUGAACAAACAUAUCUCUGACGGUCAUAAUGGCUUUAUUUUCCCUCCUGGAGAUGAUGAAGAUCUCGGGCAUAUUUUGUGGGUUAUUAAGAAUAAUCCAUCUCGAACGAGCGACAUUGCUGCCGAGGGAAAACUUAUGGCUGACAUUUUGUAUUCGCGCGAUGCCGUUCUGGAGAACGGGCAUAUACUGGAAUCACUAUUGGACUUUCCGGAGGCCUGUAUACUACCGCGUCCGAUCGAAAAAAUACCAGGUUUAUUACCGCGAGGUUGGAAUUGGGACAUCCUCGCAGAAUUUCCUGAAGCGGAAGAGAACUCAACGGUCAAGGACCUGUUCUUUCUAAAAUCCGAAACUGAUCUCAAGCCUAUAGAAAACGAAUUCGAUACAAUGGAUAUCGAUAGAAGUUAUGUGGAGGAGUGGGAUUUGCUGGAGGAUGAGGAGCAGCGAGGAGCUGCCUUAGACUGAGAAUACAAAGAUGAAAUUGAGGAGGAUCACGUAUCCAACUCAAGUUUACAUCUGAUGUAUCGGUGGCUGAGGUAAGUCUCAACUGUAUGACUUCGAGCACUGAUGAAUGAGUCAGAUGCUCUGAGUUUAGAACGGUGUGUUGUGCAGUAAACGCACAAACAUAGAAUUUUAUUUGUGCUACCUACUAGGAGUUCCAAUGAUGACCAGAGAGAGUUCCCAGCUCAUUAGAGUCGGACUGCAGAACUCUGUGGUUUGCUAUGAACAGGAUUAGCUAUGCUGUAGCCCCCUUCGCCUCACACACAGAUCAGCACUUAACCCUUCUUAUUCCUCGGGCCCCCUGCUAGCAGAGAGUGGCCCCUGGAGGUUAAGUUGAGAGUUUGUGUUGCAUAUCUGUGUAGUAUGGAAGCAGUGGGAUUCAAGCCAUUGGCUUGCUCAUUAGAGUCUGACCGCAGAAAUUCGUGGUUUGCUUUGAACAAGAUUAGCUAUGCUGUGGCCCCCUUCCCCUCACACACAGAUCAGCACUUAACCCUUCUUAUUCCUCGGGCCCCCUGCUAGCAGAGAGUGGCCCCUGGAGGUUAAGUUGAGAGUUUGUGUUGCAUAUCUGUGUAGUAUGGAAGCAGUGGGAUUCAAGCUGUUGGCUUGCUCAUUAGAGUCCGACCGCAGAAAUUUGUGGUUUGCUUUGAACAGGAUUAGCUAUGCUGUGGCCCCUUCCCCUCACACACAGAUCAGCACUUAACCCUUCUUAUUCCUCAGGGCCCCCUGCUAGCAGAGAGUGGCCCUGGAGGUUAAGUUGAGAGUUUGAGUUCAUAUCUAGAUGAGGGGGACAGGUGCACAUGCUAAUUCUAAAUGUAAAUGUUGCGCAAAUAUUAAUUCUUAAUUUGAUCAGAG